GGUACUACCAUGGCUACGCUUUGACGUCAGUGACCCUCUGCAUAUCUGUCAUUCCUGCUUGGGACAGAAGACAGGACGGUUGCAAGAUGUCUGGAGGAAUCUUCUGCCCUUUGGAAAACUUAUAUGAUCCAGACAGUGCCAAUUGCCACCCCUUGGUGUGCCACUUGUGCCAUGAGCAAUACGAACACCCCUGUCUUCUUGACUGUUACCACACCUUCUGUGCUAGCUGUCUGCGAGGCAGGGCUGUGGAGGGACGCCUCAGUUGUCCUCUCUGUGGGCAACAGUCCAGUGUAAAAGGCUUUAGUGCUUUGCCUCCAGAGGACCGUCUUUUGAAGUUCCUGGUGGAUAACUCUACGGAUUGUGAGGAAACUGUUCAGUGUUCCAACUGUGACCUGGAGUGCAAAAAACAGGAUGUGGAUACCAUGUAUUAUUGCAACACUUGUAGCCAACCGCUGUGUGGAGAAUGUAAGGAAAGCACCCACAAAGCCAAGAUGUUCUCCAGUCAUGAGAUUGUCUCCCUGGCCAAGCGCACAAAGGAGGCCCACAAAAAGUGCUCCCUCCAUGAGGAACUGUACAUUAUGUUUUCCACAGAGAAGAAGUCAAUGUUAUGCAUCAACUGUUUCAGAGACAUGCAAGUGGAAAGCAGGGCACACUGCAUUGAUAUUGAAACAGCAUAUAUGCAAGGCUGUGAAAAACUGGACCAGGCCGUCCUAGCGGUGAAGGAACUGCAAACCUCAGCCAGGGAGGCCAUUGUUCUGCUCAAGGCAAUGAUAGGAGAGGUCCGUGCCAAUGUGGAAGAGGAGGAGAAUGCCAUAAGUACUCUUUUUAACAACAUGCAGGAAAAAUUGGCAGAGAGAAAGAAAAUCCUCCUGAAAGCAGCACAAAGCCAGCAUGAGGAGAAAGAAAGGGCUUUUAAAGAACAGCUGUCUCAUUUGGCCGCCCUACUACCUACUCUACAGGUUCAUCUAGUCACCUGUUCUGCAUUCCUAAGUUCAGCCAACAAGUUUGAGUUUCUAGACAUGGGUUAUCAACUUAUGGAACGUCUCAAAAAGAUUGUAAAGCUGCCACACAGACUGAGACCUGCACAAAGUAGCAAGAUAAACACAGAGUAUCGGUCAGAGUUUGCCCGCUGCCUGGAGUCUCUGUUGCUACUAGGCCAAAGACGCUCUGUUUCAAUGACUGGUGGUGUGUCUGGUUUGGGGUUAAGCAAUGCCAGUGGUCUCCUGCAAUCUUCCCUGUCUGUGGCCUGCCACUCCCCUGCCAUCAGUGACAUGUCCCUGGGACCCUCAGCAGUAAGGAAGCCUACCGCCCAUCGCUACAUCAGCACCAAGGUCCUCCUGUCUGAGGGCGGGGACACUCCCUUUACCGAUCACUGUUGCAACUAUGAGAACAGCUACAAGAGGCUACAGACUGUGAUCCAACAGCUGAAGGACCAGGUUCAGGAAACCCACAGAGAUCUGACCAAGCACCACUCACUUAUCAGGAAAGACACCAUGGCUGAGAUCCUGGACCACUCUAUACAGAUGGACAGACAGAUCUCUGCUGAGUACUCCUCUGUGGAACUCAUGAGGGCCAUAUUUGAGGAGAUCUGGGAAGAAACAUAUCAGAGGGUUGUGAAUGAACAGGAAAUAUAUGAAGCUCAACUUCACGAUCUGAUGAAACUAAAGCAGGAGAACAGUUACCUGACCACUAUUGCUAAGCAAAUUGGCCCCUACAUCAGUUCAAUUGCCAAGGUGAAGGAACGACUGGAACCAAGACUUAAGGGUCCUAAGGAGCUAAAAGAUGACCGCACAGAGGCCAUGCUGAAGAUCUAUGAGGACAGUACAAUGGCCACAAUGGCCACUGAUACACAACACAACAGCAGGAAUGACUUCUCCAACAAGAAUGACCUCUCCUUUGUCACUGAUGACAACUGCAUUAGCAACCCAUCAGAUGAGGCCUUGUUUAAGAACAAGGAUUUCUAUUGUUCAGGGAAGCAGAACACGAUGGAGACUGCCAGUUGGAUAGAGAUGUCCUUCUAGCAGAGCAGAACAAUGCAACUAGAUAGCUGCACAUAACAUUUUGUCAAAAUUACCUUUCAUGGAAUAUGGUGUCAGAGUAUAAGCCUAAUUUACGGUAACACUUCUCCUUAUGUAAGCAUGAAUUAUGUAACUAACUAAAAAGCAACACCUUACAAUGUUCUAGUAACCUAGAAACUGUUCAGUGAUUAUACUGUUUUACAUUGAUCAAUUAGGAGUAUAGGUUAUUACAAAAGUAGAACAAGAUGGGGGGAAAGAGGACUUCCAUGUGGCAAAUAGACAGCUGAAGCUUGUUAAAGUACAAAUAAAGAUCAAUGUUAACUUCCCCAUAAUGGUAUAAUUUUCAAGAAUUAUAAUGUACCUCAAUUAAAGGACACAGAGAAUGACACUGUAAGGAAUAGUAGGGUAACAGUGACUUAUUAAAUAUAUUGCACUCCACUAAAACACCUUUAUCUUCUAAGAAAUGUUUUAUUUUUUAUAAGUGUUUAUUCAUAGAACAGUGUUGCUCAGUACACGUUUAGUCAUCUGAAUAAAUGCACAGUAACCACUCCAAAACAGACACUAUUAGUAAUCUGUAAGUACAAUUCUCAUUUAUCUGAAAUGAACUUUAUGCUGUAGCACUGCAAACCACAGCCAUUAUUUUAGGUGCACCAUGCUUGGCGCAGCUAACCAUUAUAUCAUAAGCCAACUAGAUGUGCUUUUAUAUUUAUUAUAGAUGCUCUCAAUUAUGAUUUCAUAUAUCCCACACUUUUCAGUGCUAUUCACAAAUAACUGUGCUGGACAGUCCUGUCAAGCACUCUGUCAGACACACAUGCACGCACUUUGUGGUCCAUAUAGUCUGGGCCCAAAGUGGAGGGCAGAGGUGAGCUUUCAGCCACACUCAGGUGAACCUGAGUCAUGCAGCAGUUCAGGUGUGAGCCAAAUUGAGGUGAGCUUGUUGGUAUGAUAACAACCUCAGCUCUCUGAACUCGUCAGCCGUAGGAAUGCUUAUUUUGGUGUUUUUGAUACACAGUGAGUGUAAGGAGACACAAAUAAAUGAAUGAAGGGUCGACAUAACUUCUAGAUAAACAAGACACUAUUGCUGUGGUACGUAAAGAAAAAUUACAUCAUUAAUCAUUAACAUGUUCAUCAUUAACAUGUUCUGCUACUACAAUCCUUCUGCUACAAGUGUCAAGAUAAAACACAUGAGGCAGCAGGGGGAGCAGGGAUGGGGGGAGUUUUGUCAUGAGGUGACCUUAUUCAACUUAAAGUGCUUUGAGACCCAAGAAUGAACAAGAACUGCGUAUGUCUAUAUGUGGAUGUUAUCAAUCAUUUAGUGGACACGCUUGAUUAAUUAUCCAUUUGUUCCGGCAUAUUAUUUUUUUACAGAAGUCUGUGAUAAAAAAAUGUAUA